GAGAAGAAGCGACUGAAUCCCCAUACACACACACACGCAUACACGCACUCAGGAAGUGGCUCACAAAUUCAUUCCGCUAUUGCUUUACAUGCUGCACUACAGCGACCAGGGGACUUUUCUUUGCAGAUGUGGCAGCAUUUCCCACCGAGUUGGAUUAAACGGACGCAAACCACGACACGGAUGGAAACUCGUCUAGAAGUCUGGGUGUGUUCACUCACAGCUCCAUGUCAGCAGUUCUAGUGAUGAGAGUGAACCGUGCAACUUUCACAACAGAGCCCAAGGCAGCUGCUGAGAUGUAGAGCCUGAGAGUUAUUUAAUAUCUUUUGGGGGUUUUUUUGCGGACAUUGGGCUUAUGGAGCUCCGUUUUCCUGUAAAGGGAUCUUGUCAGUUAUUUUCAUUCUUUUCGCUUAGAAGUAAAAAAUCAGCACAAACUUUCAGACUUAUUCACAAACUUGAUAGACCUUCACUGUCCCCAGCUGUGAAACAAUGAAAAGCCUUACACACAUUUGUCUUAAAUUGGACUGGUAUCAAUUGCUGUCAGUUGACUUUAAAUCAGACAGUAUACUAUGACCUAAAAACCCAGAAGAUGGAUUAUUUCAACACAGGGGUACAUUAAAGCUGUGAAGAACAUCAUGUCACUGGGGGAACUGAUUGAGCUGGAGGAGCUUGGAGAACACAUCGAGCUUGCUGAUACUUUACAACCUCGGACUCCUCGGUUAGAGAGGGUGAAUGCCUUGAGAAUAAGCCCAGGGAAAGUACCAGAGCUCUGGAACCGCUUGCGGAUUAUCAGGGUCCUGGGAGACACUUUGAAGAACCCACAGCUGGUUGAGGACACAGGAGAAGGCCAUGACUUUCAUCCCUGUAGCCAUACUCAACCCACCUGGUGUGAUUUGUGUGGAGACUUCAUCUGGGGGGUAUACAAACAAAGCCUGCGCUGUGCCAACUGUAGGUUCACCUGCCAUUACCGCUGUAGAGCUCUCAUUAAACUGAACUGUAAUCAAGGUGACACGUCUACUACCGAUCAGUCCACUGAUGUCCAGGAGAGCAUUGAAACUGACACCAAUGUGGAUGAGGUGACUGAAAGCAAGAAGCAAGAGCUUUCACAUGCAGAACUUCAGCAGAAGAUAAAGGAGUAUAAUGCUCAGAUAAACAGCAACCUCUUCAUGUCUUUGAACAAAGAUGGCACCUACAAUGGUUUCAUCAAAGUUCACCUGAAGCUGGUGCGACCUGUGUCUGUACCUCCUCCGCGAAAGGGUGCUGCGGAGCCAGCCAACGGGAAGCGAGGGGGAGGGGUGAAAAGACGCACAUCCUUCUACCUUCCCAAGGACACAGCCAAACAUCUGCACAUCAGCUCUCGAACUCGUGCACAGGAAGUGAUUCAGGCCCUGCUCAAGAAAUUCACAGUGAUCGACAAUCCUGCAAAGUUCGCGCUGUUUGAACGCACUGAGCGGCAUGACCAGGUGUACCUAAGGAAGCUGCCCAAUGACGAGUGUCCAUUGUUCCUGCGUUUGUCUGCUGGCCCAAAUGAGAAGGUGCUGAGUCUGGUCCUAAAGGAGAAUGAGACUGGAGAGGUCAAUUGGGAUGCAUUUUCUAUGCCGGAGCUGCAUAAUUUCCUACGCAUUCUGAAGCGAGAGGAAGAGGAGCAUGUAAAGCAGAUCAUGCAGCGCUAUGCAGUCGCUCGCGAUCGCAUCCAGCAAACUCUGGUCACCACCAAUCCCGGUUGAUCACACCACAUGGCCUGUCUUACUGAUGACUGGCCACUAGGGGGCCUCAGUCUCAACAGUGUCCAACGAACCAUAUGGACUAGCAUCAGUGCGAUUAGUGUGAGAGCGAGAGAGAGUGCGUGCGAACGAGUGUGGAAAUGCAAGUGCGCAACCAGAUGUGCGUACAUGGAGAGAAUGAGUCGUGACUGAGAGCGAGCGAAAGCAUACUGGGAAAUGGACGAGUGAAAAUAGAACACCUUGUCGUGAAUGGUGUGUGAUUUGUUCGAGUGAGUGUAGAGAGUCCUCAAGAUAGAACACUGUGUUUCUAUGGAGACUACACAGGACUCUGCUGACUUUACCACUGGUGAAGUUACAAAUGUACUUUUCUUCUUUGUGUAGGCUAUGAGACCAAGGGGUUUCUUUUUUUCCUUCUUUCUUAUCCAGAUAUUUUGAAAAAUCUAGUUGUAGUAAGUCCAUGUAACCGGACUUGCUGUGCGAUGUUGGAAAAUGUCUCACAACUCAUUCAUCUGACUUCUUUGUUGCUACUGAGUGGUUGGAAAUGCUGGGGGAAUUUCUAGUUAUUCAGUAUGAAUAUAUAAAGCCCCCCCAAAUGAGUGGUGAAAUAUUUUCAGCAUGAAAGCAACUAGACCAGUCUCUUUAACUUACUACCUCUAGCCUGAUUUUUCUUGCGUUGCUUACAUCUAUUUCCAGACUUCUAUUGAAACACUGCUUACAUGUUUUGGUUAAUAACUUCGUUCUUUUUGCAUACAUCUGUUCUGUCAUUUUAUAUGUAAUUUCUGUCAUAUGUAUGUUCGGUUAGUCACUGGUUUGCUAGCUUAUCCUUUUCUCAUGUGCAAUCACUUUAAUUUCUGGAAUCUUUCUUUUUCCCCUCACAAUAAAUAAUUUCCUUUUGA